CCUGGACCGCAGAGGGAGGAGGAGUGGGGAGGAGGCUGGGCCCUCGCCUCCUCCAGGACCGGCAAGGGCGAGCGCGGGGGCGCGGCUGCCGGCGCAGAGAGCAGCGCGGCGGCAGCUGCAGGGCCGGAGCCCCGCGCCGCGUGCAGCCGCCGGGGGUGUGCGCCCGCCGAGCCCAGCCCGCGCCCCGGCGCCCCCACGCGCCCACGCAGCGGCGCGGGGACCGGGCGGCGGCGGAGGGAGGGCCCGGCCCGGGAGGGGAAGGGGCCGGUCCUCCCCGCGCAGGCAGCAGCCGCGGCAGCCUAGGAGGCGGAGGCAGCGGCGGCGGCAGGGGCGGCAACGUGCCCGCCGCAGUCCGCCCGGCAGCACCGGACCCGCGCCCGCCCGCGCCGGGGCGCCCUCUCCACUGCGCGCGACUCGGCUAAGACCGUCUGAUUUCUCUCUUCCCUCCCCUGCGAAGAGAAUAAGCUGGUCUCCUAUUUCAGGUAUAAGGAAAUGCUAGAACUAGUGAUCUCACCCAGCCUUACUGUAAACAGCAGUUGUCCGGGGAAACGGAAGCUUAACUGCGCUGACGCUGAUGUCUGGACUCUGAGUGACAUAGAAGGCAUCCCCACAUCGGUCCCUCCGAGCGUGUCCCCGCUCUUCGCAAGACCUUGUGCACGUGUCCUGCCCAGCCAGCCUCCCACAGCCAUGGCGGCCUACGGCCAGACACAGUACAGCACGGGGAUCCAGCAGGCCGCCCCCUACACGGCUUACCCACCUCCAGCACAAGCCUACGGGAUCCCUUCUUACAGCAUCAAGACAGAAGACAGCUUGAACCAUUCUCCCAGCCAGAGUGGAUUCCUCAGCUACGGCUCCAGCUUCAGCACCCCACCCACUGGACAGAGCCCAUACACCUACCAGAUGCACGGCUCGGCGGGGAUCUAUCAAGGAGGAAACGGACUGCCCAACGCCGCCGGAUUCGCAAGUGUGCACCAGGACUAUCCUUCCUACCCUGGCUUCCCUCAGAGCCAGUACUCCCAGUAUUACAGCUCGUCCUACAGCCCUCCCUAUGUCCCGGCCAGCAGCGUCUGCCCUUCACCCCUCUCCACGGCCACCUACGUCCUUCAGGAGGCAUCUCACAACGCGCCCAGCCAGAGUUCUGAGCUGCUUGGCGGUGAAUAUCACACACACAAUGGACCUUCCACGCCGGCAAAGGAGGGAGACGCAGACAGGCCGCACCGGGCCUCCUCCGACGGGAAGCUCCGAGGCCGGUCUAAGCGGAGCAGCGACCCCUCCCCAGCAGGGGACAAUGAGAUUGAGCGUGUGUUCGUGUGGGACUUGGAUGAGACAAUAAUUAUUUUUCACUCCUUACUCACGGGGACUUUUGCAUCCAGAUACGGGAAGGACACCACGACGUCUGUGCGCAUCGGCCUGAUGAUGGAAGAAAUGAUCUUCAACCUUGCAGACACGCAUCUGUUCUUCAAUGACCUGGAGGACUGUGACCAGAUCCACAUUGAUGACGUCUCCUCUGAUGAUAACGGACAGGAUUUAAGCACAUACAACUUCUCGGCUGAUGGCUUCCACAGUUCAGCCCCGGGAGCCAACCUGUGCCUGGGCUCUGGCGUGCACGGCGGCGUGGACUGGAUGAGGAAGUUGGCCUUCCGCUACCGGCGGGUGAAGGAGAUGUACAACACGUACAAGAACAACGUAGGCGGGUUGAUAGGAGCACCCAAAAGAGAGACCUGGCUACAGCUCCGAGCCGAGCUGGAAGCUCUCACCGACCUCUGGCUGACCCACUCCCUGAAGGCACUAAACCUCAUCAACUCCCGGCCCAAUUGCGUCAACGUGCUGGUCACCACCACUCAACUAAUUCCUGCACUGGCCAAAGUCCUGCUGUAUGGCCUGGGCUCUGUGUUUCCUAUUGAGAACAUCUACAGUGCAACCAAGACAGGGAAGGAGAGCUGCUUCGAAAGGAUAAUGCAGCGAUUCGGCAGAAAAGCCGUCUACAUCGUGAUUGGCGAUGGUGUCGAAGAGGAGCAGGGAGCAAAAAAGCACAACAUGCCUUUCUGGCGGAUAUCCUGCCACGCUGACCUGGAGGCACUGAGGCACGCCCUGGAGCUGGAGUAUUUAUAGCAGGACCCACAGCACCAUCUGCCAUCAAGGGGCAUCCCACCCACCCAGGCCCCUCACCUUCCCUGCCUCCCCGCCAGAUGCUGAGCACCAGAAGGGUCCCUUCAGCUGGGAGGACGCGUCCAGUGACCAUCUCAGAAGCUGUCCUUUCAGUCCAAAACGUGGGUCCUGAGAAGCAGAGUACCCAGCAGUGGCUUUAGGAUAUUUAACUUUGGGGGAAAGGGCUGGCUCGGAGUCCAGACUUUUCUACAAGACUUACAGCACAAAAGCAAGGAACUGCUGAUUUGGGGGAGGGCUGGUGAUGAGGAGGGGACAGGCUCGGUUUUGUUUUUGUUUUUUGUUUUUUUUAAUUUAUGGACUAAUGUCAUUACUCUGAUAUUACGCUCUCGUACCUGUGUUGUUGGUUUUCUUAGUCGUUGGUUUGGUUUGGUUUUUUAAACUGGCAUGUGGGGUGGUGUUCAGCUCUAAUUUAAGCACUCUCUGCUCCAAGUUGUGCUUUGGGGGGGACAAUCAUUCUUUGAACAAUUGGUGAGGGAGGCGAUUUGGGGCUGUUGGGAAAAACUAUUGCUUAUUCGUUUUUAAGGACCUAACUUGACGUCAUGUGGACAGUGCACGUGCCUUAUGCUGCCAUCUUGUUUUCUAGGAAGAGGAGUUGCUGGAGAGGAGGUGGUACUUUGUGACAGAUAAGAGGCAUUAAAUAAAACCACGUUUACAUUUUGAA